GUAACAGAAAUAAGGACUUAAUCUGUUCAAAGUCAUUAACUGAAAAGAUGUUAAAAAAAUGUACAUCAAUUUGUUUUUCUACAGCUUGAUCCAUUCUACAGACGGACCUUUCCCUCAUUCCUCUACUUAACAGUGCUCUUCUUCAGGUAUUGUAUUCCUUAUUUUUUAGGUCCCUGAACAAAACCUCACUUUUUAAAUUGCAAUAGUUUUUGCCUAUAACUUAAUGUGUAUUAAUUUUGCAGCAAGGGGUCCAUUGUCAACACCAUGGAAGUGGGAUUUAUUUCAACAUCUGUUCCAAACAACAAAGACAUCACAUAUGUCCUAAUUGAUGCUGCAUCAAAUAUAACUGAAUUCAACAUUGCUUAUGAUUCCAUCACUGUGGAGGACGAAUGUAAGAAAACUAUGACAUUUUCUAAUAACAUGAAAAUCUUUACAGCUUCAUUUGUGGAUUGCAUCUUUUUCUUUAGAUGAGACAUCUUUAACUAAAUCAACUCAAGCUGAAACAGCACGAAUAAUGCCGACCACCAUACCUGUAACAACAUUACAAGAAAAGACUACAUUUGACCAAACAUCAGGUGUGAUAAAAUCUCCAACAACAGCACACGGCAUCUUUACUACGAGCACAUCAAAGAAUACUACACUUCAUUUAAAAACAAGACCUGCUACAAUAGGGUCAACCACAAUAACAACAGAAAAUGUUGUCAGAUCAACCACUUAUCCAUCGAAAACAUUUGAACCUGUAGAAACAACAUCUGCAAUAUUUGACCAAAACACGGUAGUGGGCAUUUCUCCGACAACAGCUGAAGCUACAUUAGAUACAACAACAACAGAGAGGAUCACACGUUAUAAACCAGAAAGCACAGCAACAAUAGCUUCAUCUGUUUUAACAACCGAAUAUGUUGCAACAGCAACCACUUAUUCAUCUCCCACAUUUAAACCUUCAGAAAGAUCAACUGCAGUAUAUAAACAAACAACGGUUGCAGUCAGUUCCCCAAGGAUCACUGAAGUUACCCUUACUAGGGAAACAUUAAAGACUACUACACCUAAUACAUCCUUAGCUCCAUUGACUUUGUCUGCUCCAAAAACAGAAAAUGUUAUCACAACAGCCACUGCAGCAUCAACUACAUUUCAACCCGUAGAAACAACACCUGAAGUAUCUGACCAAACAAAAGUUUUAGUCACUUCACCAACAACAGCAAAAGGUACUCUAACUUCAGGUACAUUAAGGAUUACAACACCCAAUGAGGCAUCAACUACAUUCAGACCCACAGAAACAACAACUACAUUACUAGACAAAACCACAGCUGUAGUUCCGUCUCCAACAACAGCUGACCAUACUUUUACAACAGAAACUUUUAAAACUUCCACACCUAAUACAUCAACAACCAGAACUACAAUAACUUCAUCUGCUCAAACCUCAGACAUUGUCACAAAAACCAACACGCCGGCAUCAACCACAUUUGAACCUGUGGCAUCAACACUGGUAACAUUUGACCAAACAGUUAUGGGGACAUUAGGGUAUACCACACCCAGUACACCAACAGUCACAGAUAAUUUAGGCACAUCUCCUUCAACAAUGGACAAUGAUGCUAAAUCCACCACUGCUGCAUCCACUACACUUAAGCCUGUAGAAACAACAACUACACUAAAGGGGCAAUCCAUAGCAUCAAUCACUUCUUCAACAAUGGCUGAACCAACAACAACUACAGAAACAACAGAGAUGACCACACCUUAUAAACCACAGAGUACAGCAACAAUAACUUCAUCUUCUCUGACAACUGCAUAUGUUGCAAUAACAACCACUUCUUCAUCAACCGCAUUUAAACCCUCAACUGAAACAUAUGACCAAACAACGGUUGCGGUCAAAUCCCCAAGAUCCACUGAAGUUACCAUUACUAGGAAAACAACACAGACUGCUACACCUAAUACACCCACAACCACAGCUCCAUUCAAUUUGUCUGCUCCAACAAUAGAAAAUGUUGCCACAACAUCCAUUGCAGCAUCAACUACAUUUGAACCUGUAGAAACAACACCUGCAGUAUCUGACCAAACAACAGUUUUAGUCACUUCACCAACAACAGCAAAAGGUACUCUAACUUCAGGUACAUUAAGGAUUACAACACCCAAUUCACGAACAACAACAGCUAAAUUAGACACAAUAGUUUCAACAACGGAAAAUGUUGCUAUGUCGUCCACUGCUGGAUCAACUACAUAUAGGCCUGUAGAAUCAACAACGGAAGUGUUCGGCCAAUCAACACUUGAACUCAGUGCUAGAACAACAGCUGAAGAUACCUCAGCUACAGUCAAUGCAAAGAUUACUACACCAAAUUUACCAACAGACACAGCUAUGUUGGAGUCAUUCAUUACGGGAAAAGAAAGCGUUGCCACAUCAACCACUGCUGCAUCAACAACAUUUGAAACUGUGGAAACAACCCCUGCAUUGUUUGACCAAACAACAGUAGUAGUCACUUCUCCAACUACAGUUAUGGCUGAGAUACCAACAACCACAUCUAGAAUAGGCACAUCCACUACAACGAUGGACAAUGUUGCCACAUCAACCACUGCUCCAUCAACCACUGCUCCAUCAACCACUGCUCCAUCAACCACUGCUCCAUCAACCACAUUUGAAACUGUAGAAACUACCCCUGCAUUGUGUGACCAAACAACAGUAGUAGUCACUUCUCCAACUACAGUAAAGACUAAGAUACCAACAACCACAUCUAGAUUAGGCACAUCCACUACAACGAUGGACAAUGUUGUUACAUCAACCACUGCCAAAGCUACUACAUUUAAGACCAUAGAAACAACAACUGAAAUUCAUGACCAAUCAACGCUUGUAGUCAGUUCUAAAACGGCUGAAGGUACUUCUACAAAAGUAACAUCCAAUAUCACCACAAACUACAAACCAACAAGUGCUGCCUCAUCUGUUUUAUCUUCUUCAACAUCAGAAUAUGGUGCCACACCAACCUAUGAGGCAUCAACUACAUUCAGACCCACAGAAACAACAACUACAUUACUAGACAAAACCACAGCUGUAGUUCCGUCUCCAACAACAGCUGACCAUACUUUUACAACAGAAACGUUUAAAACUUCCACACCUAAUACAUCAACAACCAGAACUAAAAUAACUUCAUCUGCUCAAACAUCAGACAUUGUCACAAAAACCAACACGCCGGCAUCAACCACAUUUGAAACUGUGGAAACAACAAAUGCUAGGAUCGAUCAAACAACACUGUCAUUUACCUCAUUAUCAGCAACUAAAGAUACUUUAAAUACAAAGACAUCAAAAACAAACAAACCUAUUACACCAGAAACCACAGCUAAAUUAGACACAUCCACUGCAACAAAAGACAAUGUCUCUACCUCAACUAUUGCUGCAUCCACUACAUUAAAGGCUGUAGAAACAACAGCUGAAUUUUUUGGCCAAUCAACAAUUGUAGCUGAAAAUACAACAGCUGAACAAACCUUAACCAAAGUAACAUCAGAAAACACCACAAUGUAUGCACCAAAGAGUGCAGCUUCAUCUGAUUUAUCUUCUUCAACAACAGAAAUUGGUGCCACAUCAAGCUUUGAAGCAUCAACCACAUUCAGACCCCCCGAACAAACAACAACAUUAUUAGACCAAAAUACAGCUGUAGGCACUUCAACAACAACAGCGGAAGCUACCUCAACUGAAGCUACAUCAUCUACAGCAACAACAGAGAUUACCAAACCUUAUAAACCAGAAAGCACAGAGACAAUUCUUUCAUCUACCUUAGCACCACAAAAUGUUGCUACAGCAACCACUUCUAAAUCAACCAUAAAACAACACCUUCAGGAUUUGACCAAACAACCAACAACAGAUAUGACCACACCCUAUAAAACAGAAAGCACGGAAACAAUACUUUCAUCUACUCCAACUACAGAAAAUGUUGCAACAGCAACCACUACUUCAUCAACCGCAUUUGAACCAUUAGAAACAACUCCUGCAAAAUUUGAACAAACAACAUUUUUAAUCAAUUCUUCAACUACAGCUGAAGCUUUAUCAACUACAGCAACAGAGAAGACCACACCUUAUGAACAAGAAAGCACAGAAAAAUUACUUUCAUCUACUUCAACUACAGAAAAUGUUGCAACAAUAACCACUACUUCAUCAAGUGCAUUUGAACUGGUAGAAACAACACCUACAAGAUUUAAACAAUCAACACAUUUAGUAACUACCUCAACUGUAGCUGAACCUACAUCAUCUACAGCAACAACAGAUAGGACCACACCCUAUGAACCAGAAACCACGGAGACCAUACUUUUAUCUACUCCAUUUACAAAAAAUGUUGCAACAGCAACCACUUCUUCAUUAACCCCAUUUAAACCUGUAGAAACAACACCUACAAUAUAUGACCAAACAACGGUUUUAGCCACUUCUUCAACUACAGCUGCAUCUUCAUCAACUACAGCAAUAACAGACAUGACCACACCUUAUAAACAAGAAAUUACAGAAACAAUUUCUGCAUCUCCUCCAACAGCAGAAAAUGUUGCAACAGCAACCACUUCUUCAUCAACCAUUUUAUUACCAGUAGAAACAACUCCUUCAAUGUUUAAACAAACAUCACUAGUAGUCACUUCUUCAAACACAGUUGAAGCUACAUCAUCUACAGCAACACCAGAAAUGACCACACCUUAUAAACAAGAAAGCACGGAAACAAUACUUUCAUCUACUCCAAGAACAGAAAAGGUUGCAGCAGCAACCACUUCUUCAUUAACCCCAUUUAAACCUGUAGAAACAACACCUACGAUAUAUGACCAAACAACAGUUUUAGCCACUUCUUCAACUACAGCUGAAGCUACAUCAACUACAGCAACAACAGAGAUGACCACACCUUAUAAACAAGAAAGUACAGAAAAAUUACUUUCAUCUACCUUAACACCAGAAAAUGUUGCAACAAUAACCAGUUCUUCGUCAACAAUUUUUGGAAAAAUCAACGGCUACAACGGCUCUUACACCAACAAGCGAAUCUACAUUUACUUCGUCUGCUUCAAGAACAGAAAAUGUUGCUACAAUUACCACUGA